AUGUGUAAUUGUACGGGGAAUGUUGCCGUGUGUUCUGGGCACCGACACUUAUUAUCCUACAUUCCCAAAUUACCAGCCAUGUCGAUAGGAGUACUUCUUUUAAUACUCGCGAUAUCACUGGUUUACAGAUAUCGAUGGCACCUUCGAUACUUCGUCUACAUACUCCGAUACCACCACCUCAGACUCCAAAGAUUCGCCACUGAACGACGGAGCUAUCAGUACGAUAUCUAUUUAAGCUGUAGUGAAGACGAUGUAGAUUUUAUUUUGGAAAAUAUUUUACCAAGACUAGAACACGAGUUGAAUCUCCACGUCUUUCUCCCACAGAGAGAUGGGUUAUAUUGA